UACCCUUUCUGGACUUUUCGCAGCCGGAUUUGACCGGCCCACCAUUUCCUGGCCCGCCGCUCAACCUCGACACCACGGUUAUUGUUCAGCACCACCACCACCAGCACCCCCUCCCAAUCUCGGCUUGCCUCUGAGUCCACCAGAAUCACCAUGGCGCAAGAGGAUUCCAAAAAGACAGCUUCUCGGGUUUCUGACUCGAUACCACCUCCGCCACAGCUUGAGGCUCAGUCGCUAAAUUCUGAAAUGGCAAAGGCUUUCCAAGAACUCGCCCGAGGUGAAACCACCGCGACAGCCUUGGAGACAAAGCUUGACGGUAUCGAAAGUCGCAUUGAUGAAUUGUUGGCAUCUGUGGAAGCGACCUUACCAAAGGAACUAGCUUCCGACACUUCAAAGUCUAAUAAUUAGCGAAUUUGGGAUUUGUAGCUACACGGGAAAGGGAAUUUCCCACAAUCUAUGCCUACAUGGACAGAA